GCUUCCUGAUCUCCAAGUGCUCUUUGCCCAUCUUCAAAGCCAAGAGUGGCAAAGCCAAGCGGGUCCGGACCAUCUUCACCAGCGAGCAACUGGCGCGGCUGGAGGAGGAGUUUGCGCGGCAGCAGUACCUGGUGGGCACGGAGCGGUGGCUGCUCGCCUCCUCCCUGCACCUCACCGAGGAGCAGGUGAAAGUGUGGUUCCAAAACCGGAGGAUCAAGUGGAGGAAACAAAGCCUGGAACAGCAACAAACCAAACUGGCCAGAACGGGUUUGGCCACUCCACAGACGAGCCCGGACUCACAGAGCCACCACGGUGAGGAGGACAAGGGCUUCCCAAUGGAGUCAGAGGAUGGACAGGAGGACACGGUGUCCUCCAGCCCUGGCUCAGGGACAGCACCUGCACAGACUGUGACAAAGAGCUGCUGA